GCUGCUGCUAUUAUUUAGGCAAGGAGAAAGGAAGUAGCGACAGGCUAGCUGGUUAGCUGGUCCAAAGCCAUUCACUUUGCUGGGAAAUUAUGUACUUUUGAAGCCUUUUUCAUCUCAGCCAGUACUGUUUUUUAUUUCGUAAAGGCACCGACAUGGCAAGUAGGUAGGCUACAGUUUUCUUCCUAGAGUGUUUUUUCCCCCCAGCCCCGUUUUCAAGCUGAUUCAGUGCUGAGCUUUUUGUCUGAGCGGCUCCGUCGCUGUUAGCUUGAUUGUUUCAAAGUCCCGGGAUUGCCUGAGUCUAAAUUUCUUCAAAGGGCAAAGAAAACAAGAAACCGAGAAGCUGCGACUUGAUUUUUCUCAGCUGUAUCGCAGGGAAUGCAGUAAAGGAUUAGACCAGACAAUGAGAAAGACAACCGAGCAAGGUGUUGCGUGGUGAGAGCGAGGCAGUGGGUGCGGCAUGCUGAGGCCACUCCCCCUGGCUCAGAAUGAGUGUCAGAGAUGGCGCUGCCACCAUGGCAACGAACGCAGGUGGAGGAGGUGGGGGAGGAGGGACAGCUAGCCUCAAAGAUGGGCGCUCCUACCUGCUCCAGAUUUACCCGCGGCUGGCUGCCGAAUCUUCUGCCUGCUGCAGCCUCAGAGUACAGAAGGAUGCAACAGCAGCCUCGGUGAUCUCGGAUGCAGCCUUGGCACUGGGGCUGGACCCUAGCCGCCUGUACGUGUUGGCAGAGGUGAAGGAAUGUGGCGGAGAGGAGUGGGUUCUGGAGGCUGGGGACCUGCCAGUACAGAGGGUUCUUCUGUGGCCCCGAAAAGCCCAGGAGCAGCACCCUCAGAGCCUCGGCUUUUACUUCUUACUACAGGAGAGGAACCACGAUGGCUCCAUCCAUUAUGUCCACCUCCCGGCCCUGUCCAAGGAACAGGAGGCCCAAAGGCUAGCUGCAAGAGGCUUCCUGCCCCCUCCGCAGGAUGACUUCGCAGACCUCUGCAACCUCCCCGUCCUCAAUGAGGACAGCAUCUUAAACAACCUGCGCACACGCUUCUAUAUGAAAAAGAUCUACACCUAUGCAGGCAGCAUCCUCAUCGCCAUUAACCCCUUCAAGUUCCUGCCCAUCUACAACCCUAAGUAUGUCAAGAUGUACGAGAACCACCAGCUGGGCAAACUGGAGCCUCAUAUCUUUGCCAUCGCAGAUGUGGCUUACUACGCCAUGCUCAGGAAGAAAGUGAACCAGUGUAUCGUCAUCUCUGGGGAGAGCGGGUCAGGGAAGACCCAGAGCACCAACUUCCUGAUCCACUGUCUGACUGCACUCAGCCAGAAGGGCUAUGCCAGUGGGGUGGAGAGGACCAUACUGGGGGCUGGACCAGUCCUGGAGGCCUUUGGGAAUGCCAAGACGGCCCACAACAACAACUCCAGCCGCUUUGGUAAAUUCAUUCAGGUUAACUACCUGGAGAGUGGAGUGGUCCGAGGGGCUGUGGUGGAGAAGUAUCUCCUGGAGAAGUCUCGUCUGGUGUCCAGAGAGAAGAAUGAAAGGAACUAUCACGUGUUUUACUACCUGUUGUUGGGAGCUUCAGAGGAGGAGCGGAAGGAGUUCAAGUUGUUGCCGCCUGAAGAUUACAACUACCUCAAGCAGGAAAACUUUAAAAUAGAAGAUGAGGAGGACUUGCGUCAUGACUUUGAGAGGCUACAGCAAGCCAUGGAGAUGGUUGGCUUCCUCCCUGCCACCAAGAAACAGAUUUUUUCUGUGCUUUCGGCCAUCCUGUAUCUGGGCAACGUGACCUACAAGAAGAAGUCCACAGGCCGGGACGAGGGGUUGGACGUGGGCCCCCCGGAGGUCCUGGCUACCCUCUCUGAUCUGCUGAAGGUCAAAGAAGAGUUGCUGGUGGAGGCUCUGACGAAGAGGAAAACGGUGACAGUCAACGACAAGUUGAUCCUCCCAUACAGCCACAGUGAGGCGAUCACAGCCAGAGACUCUAUGGCUAAAUCUCUGUACAGCGCCUUGUUUGACUGGAUCGUCCUACGCAUCAAUCACGCACUGCUCAACAAAAAAGACAUGGAAGAAUCUGUGCCGUGUUUGUCCAUUGGAGUCCUGGACAUAUUUGGCUUUGAGGACUUUGAGACAAACAGCUUUGAGCAGUUCUGUAUCAACUAUGCAAAUGAGCAGCUGCAGUAUUACUUCAACCAGCACAUCUUCAAACUGGAGCAGGAGGAGUACCAGGCAGAGGGGAUCACCUGGCACAACAUCGACUACACAGACAACGUUGGCUGUAUCCACCUCAUCAGCAAGAAACCCACCGGCCUGCUCUACCUGCUGGAUGAGGAGAGCAACUUUCCACAUGCCACAGAUAAAACUUUGCUAGCCAAGUUCAAGCAGCAGCACCAAGGGAACAAGUACUUUGUCCCCACACCGGUCAUGGAGCCUGCCUUCGUCAUUCAGCACUUUGCUGGGAAGGUCAAGUACCAAAUCAAGGAUUUCCGGGAGAAGAACACGGACCACAUGCGUCCAGACAUCGUGGCCUUGUUGCGGAGCAGCGACCGGGCCUACGUGCGGCAGCUCAUCGGCAUGGACCCUGUGGCCAUGUUCCGUUGGGGCAUCCUGCGCGCCACCAUCAGAGGCAUGGCUGCCUUCAACGAGGCUGGCCGCCGCUGGGCUGCCAAGACUGCAGGUGUUGUUCGUCCAACCUCCAGGACUCCAUUAGGAGAGCUUCAGCGGUCUAAUGCCCCCAUGGAAAGAAUGUACAAACGAGCCUCUGUGCUCGAUUUCUACUUUGAUCACUCAGAGGAGCGCCCUCUAGAGGCCUUUGAAGACAUCUUUGCUAGCUAUGAGAGUAAAAAGGACAUGCAUGCACAGAUCAUCAGCUCCAUUAAGGACUUGCAGCUGGACGGUGAGGACCCUCGCAAGCUACUGCAGUCCUGGGGUCGCCUCCGCUUCCCGCGGCACAUCCUCCAGAAGAACAAGAGCACCAAACAGAGGCAGAUCAUCCCUAAGAAUUUGCUAGACUCUCGGUCCCUGAAGUUCAUCGUUGGCUUGACACUUCAUGAUCGCACGACCAAGUCUCUGCUCCACUUGCACAAGAAGAAGAAACCCCCCAGCAUUAGCGCCCAGUUUCAGACCUCUCUGACCAAACUCCUAGAGACUCUGGGAAGAGCAGAGCCCUUCUUCAUUCGCUGUAUCCGCUCCAAUGCUGAGAAGAAGGAGAUGCAUCUGGACGAGGCCUUGGUGUUUCAGCAGCUACGCUAUACAGGAAUGCUGGAGACUGUGCGCAUCAGGAGGUCAGGCUAUGGGGCCAAGUACACUUUCCAGGAGUUCAUAGAGCAGUUCAGAGUGCUGCUGCCAAAGGACACGGCUGCCUCUAAAGAGGUCAUCUCAGUCCUGUUUGAGAAGAUGGGCCUCGAUCCCACCACCUAUCAGAUAGGCAAAACUAAGGUGUACCUGAAGGAGCCAGAGCGGCAGCAGCUGCAGGACACACUGCACAAGGAUGUGAUGCGAAAAAUCAUCUUCCUACAGCGCUGGUUCAAGGCUCGCCUGCAAAGGAAGGAGUUCUUGGACAUGAGACAGGCAGCCAUCUUGAUCCAGCGUUCAUGGCGCAGGUACUGCGAAGAGAGGCAGAGGCAGAGAAGCAGAGCAGCCACUCUGAUCCAGGCUGCGUGGAGGGGGUCCAAGCAGAGAGCAGAGUACCUCCGCCAUAAGCAGGGUGUUACCAAAAUACAAGCCCUGGUCAGAGGACACUCAGCACGCAGGAGAUGCCAAUCCAUACGUGAGGAGAAAAGGAGGAAAGAGAGGGAAGAAGAGGCGGAAGCGAGGAGGAGGGCAGAAGAGGAGGAGGCGAGGAAGAGGGCAGAAGAGGAGGAAGCAAAGAGGAGGGCAGAAGAAGAGGAAGCGAGGAGGAGGAGGGAAGAAGAGGAGGAAAUAAAGCGAAAGGCAGAAGAGGAAGAGGCAGACAGGCUAGCGAGGGAAGCUGAAGCUGCCAGACGUGCUAGAGAGGCUGAAAAAGAGGCCUCAAUGAAACUGAGGGAGGAAGAGGAGGCCAGGUCACAACAGGCAGAUGGCAUUGACAUGGUGCCUCAAACAAGGGAGGACCCAGACAUAGAGUUAGUCACAGAGGAGACGCUAGAUGAAAGCCAGCAGGACAGUUUCCCUGUCCAGGAGGCAGAGGAGGAGAAAGGAGUGCAGGACCAAGAGGCUGCCAGAAGUUUACAGACGGAAGAGGAGCAGGGGAAGGAGGAAGAGCUGGAGGAGGAAGAUGAAGGACUGGGGGAGGAGGAAGAGUGUGGUGUGCCUUCAUCUCCCAGGUCUGAUUCGGAGACCAAUGGUACCCUGGCUGAGGCUGGACCCCAGCUAGAUGAGGAAGAGGACGACGAGGACUUGGAGAACCAGACACUAGAGCAAUUGGAUUCAAAACCUGCUGAACCAGAGAAGCCGAAUGCUGGGCUGACUCAAGAUAAGAGCGCAGAUACUCAGGCUGCCAGCACGAGCCCGACACCUUCUGAGCAAAAGAGAGUGCGACCUCCUGUACACAAGGGCCAAACCUCCAGGAGCCAGGAGAAGAGAGAGCAGAGGAGACGGAGAGGGCUCGAGCACAACAGGAGAGAGACUGAACGAGCCGCCUCCUCCUCUACCUCAGCCGUCAGCAAGGAUGAAACCUCCGUGCCAAAGGGCAAAAGCCAAGAGGCUGCCAGGCUAAAAGAGCGGGCGGACAGCAAGGAGCUGGAUCAGUACACCUUUGUGGCCUGGAAGAUGAAAGAGGACAAAGGAGGGAAGAAGGAAGGGAAAACUUCUCCGCCUCUGUCCUCCGCUGGCCCUGUUCGUCCAUCUACGUUGUCCCUGCAGCCCUCCGACUCUGUGCAUGAGAGGAAUGGGCAUGGCGAAGGUGCCGGGGCAGUGAACCUGCAGCGCCGUUCCGGGGGGAUAAAGGAGAAGCCAGAGAAAUGGAAGGGGAGGAGGAGUGAAGGAGGACAGUCUGAGAACACCAGCCCUCCUCCACCUCACAACACGGAGGAGAGGAGGAAAAAGCUUUCACAGAGUCAGCAGGCCUCACUAGACAGUUUGUCUCCAUCCUCUGAAGGAGCUGGUGCUAUUUCAACCAGGGAGAUACUUUCUCCCAUGGAAAGCCAUCCUGAUGUCUCAAAGGGAAGCUCCUUCAGAAGGAAACACCAAGAUAGCUCGGGUCACCAGGACUUUGGCCACACCGUCCCGUCCACACCAGAGAAGUCUUCAGGUUUCCUCAGCAAGAUCUUGAAGAAGCGACCCCACAAGGAGGCCCAGACUCCAGAUGAUGGAGAGCUGACCAUGGCUCAGGCCCUCAGCGAGAAGCCAGCAGGAGGGGAAGCCCCACUACUUGGACACUCGUCUCGCUCCCUUACCCAGCCCCUUGGCGACCGUGCUGGCAAAGGCCUCAGUCGAAACCCCACCAUCAAGAUCAGCCGUGCCACACGGGUCUCUGAACAGUGGAACGCCUCGUUGGACCGAGAGAUCACCAACGCCAACGAGCUACGACACCUAGACGAGUUUUUAGGCAACCAGGUGAAUGAUUUCCGCUCCAGGGGCAAACAGCUGUCAGCUACAGAAGCCAUCUUUGUAACAGCCACCAUGCAGUUCAGAGAGACCAUCAAAGCCAUGUAUUCUCUCCCAAAGCCCACCACUGGCUAUAAGGGCCUGAUGAAAGGCUACCAGAACAAAGUGAUCCACUUGGCGGGCGACAAGCAGAAAGGAGAGGUGCAGUUGGUGGUCAACUUGUUCCAGUCGGUGCUGGACGGCUUCAUCAGAGGAGAGAUGAAGAAGGAGGAGGGUGAACCCGCCAAGCCUGCAAAAGCUAGAAAGAAGAGGCGGAAAAAAGAUAAGAGUAUGGAGAGCCCACUGGAUCAUGUGUUCAGCAACUAUCAGGUCAACAUUAUGCAGUCAUGUGACCAGUGCAGCUCCUACAUCUGGGGCAUGGAGAAGGCCUACAUGUGCAGCUACUGCAAAAUGGUGUGCCACAAGAAAUGCCUCUGCAAAAUAGUCACCGACUGCUCCACCUACUGUGCCAAAAAGAGCGAUGAAGAGGCCGCUGGGCAGCACUUCGGGGUGCGUGUGUGCCACCUGAUCAGUGAUAAGAAUCCUGUGCCCAUGGUGCUGGAGAUGAUGCUGGAGCACGUGGAGAUGAACGGCCUCUACACAGAGGGCAUCUACCGCAAGUCUGGCUCUGCCAACCGCAUGAAGGAGCUGCACCAGAGACUAGAGACUGAUCCCCAUUUGGUAUGUCUGGAAGACUACCCCAUCCACACGGUGACAGGCCUGGUGAAACAGUGGUUGAGGGAGCUGCCAGACCCACUGAUGACCUUCAUACAUUACAAUGACUUCCUGCGAGCCGUAGAGCUACCAGAGAAGCAGGAGCAGCUUCAUGCCAUCUACAAGGUGCUGGAGGAGCUUCCUACUGCAAACUUCAACACGCUGGAGAGACUCAUCUUCCAUCUGGUUAGAGUUUCUAAAGAGGAGGCCCACAACCGCAUGUCUCCUAACUCCUUGGCGAUAGUGUUUGCCCCGUGCAUCCUGCGCUGCCCAGACAGCGCAGACCCGUUGCUCAGCAUGAAGGACGUGGCCAAGACCACCACGUGCGUAGAGAUGCUAAUCAAUGAGCAAAUCAGACGCUACAAUGAGAAGAUGGACGAGAUCGAGCAGCUGGAGUACGCUGAGGCUCUGGCUGUCAACCAGCUCAAACUGAAGAGACAGAACACGCACUACCUGCAUUUACCUCUCAGGUUCUCAGCUCCUUACAAAGGAGUGGUGGUGCAUGAGAAGGCCAGUUCUGAUCUAAGCGUGGUGCCAGAGAAUGAGCCUCUGGACUCAGACACAGAGGCUGAGAAGAACCUAGUGGAACGCAUCAAGUCCAUCAAACAGGAGAAAGAGGAUCUGGCUUGCCGACUCCCGGAGCUGGAACAGCCGGGCUCAGACCAGGAGAAUUUGGACUCUGAAGCCUCUCUGAGCUCUGAGAGCCUCCUGGAUGAGCAGCAGCGCUCCUCUGCCCAUGGCUCCGAGCCUGAAGGACGAGGUUGCCCCCAGCUGAGGAGACAGAAGCCUGCCUGCCCUCCCAAACCGUCAGAUCUGGCCCUGCGACCUAAAGCCCCUGGUGGGCGUUUCUUUCUGCCAAACCUCAGCCCUGCUAGCUCCUCCUCUUCUGUGUCCAGCUGCGCUUCCUCCACCUCCGCAUCCUCCGGCACUUCUUUAAGGCAUCAGUUGCAACGCCGCAACCCCAUCAUCCCAGGCACAGUCAGACUCCCCCCAGGUGUCCAGUCCCCGUCUGUUGCCUCGGGCGCAGCUCACUCCCUCACCCCUCCUGGAAACCGGGCAUUUAAACCCACGAUCAGGAAAAGAGAGCAGCCUGGCCGCCGUAAAGACAGCACUCAGUCCCUGUACAUUGACAACCCAGACUGCGACCUGCUGUUGCCUUUUUCCUCCUGCCCUCCCUCCGCUGCCACCUCUUCUUCCUCCAUCUCCAUGGUUACGUCCUCUCCUCACCAUCAGCAACUCCAGACACAAACCUCGCCUACAUCGGGCCAGAGACGCUUUUCUGACCCAGACAUACCUUAUAUGGACAGUGAAGUCUGACCAAGGCAGAACAGAGAAGAGAGAGAAGUGAUGAGGAUGAUGGGCAACAAUCUCCCAGUAGAGAAGGAACCACAGUAUAAAUGGCAUACCUAGCUAUUCUACAUGACAAGAGAAGUAGGUGGCUCGUUAAAAGCCUGGUAAGGAUAGGAAUUACGAACCACGGUAGAAGAACGUAACCCCUAGAGAUGAAUGGGCAUCAGAGAGCUGGAUGCAAUAUGCUGUCUCCAUCGUGAGCCAGCAGAGCACAACGGGAGAGAGACGGAACGGAGGCUGUGAUAGUUGCUGUUGUCAUGGGAACUAAUCAGAGAACUGUCUAAACUUUUGUUGUCCUGCAUCACAGUGAACAUAACUGGACAUGAUGUCGCCAAGCACUUUUUGUAUCGUUAUUAAUAUAUUGUGGUUACUGUUGAUAAAGUUGAAUUUGGACAUGGGCUGUGUUUUGAGUGGCCUCAUGAUGGACCCGAUGGACAAGCAUUUGUUUUCUGUUUUGUUUUGUUUUUUUAAACCCAUUUGUGCUAAUUCAAGGAGAUAUUACAGGUUCCAUUUGCACCUUUCCAUUCCUUAGUUUUCCUAACAAGCAAGUCAAACCAGCAUCCUUGCUGAAAUGUUAACUCGUGCCUUGAUUUUGUACUGUAACUUGGCAGUGUACAAACUCAUUGGUUCAUUUUACAUGUAAUCUUUAUGGAACCAAGGUUUGGGAGGGAGGGUGGGAGGGAGGGAGGGAGGGGUUUUGGGGGGGAGAGGGGAGGUACUUUUGUAUGAUACUUUUGUGUUUAUUGUAUUGAACCGACUUAAGAUGUUUGAAACAAGGACCUAACACACACACACACACAUGGUGUAUGUUGUUCUGGUGCCUUAUCACAACAGCUGCAAUGGAUUACAGUCUCACUCCUUCACCUUCGAGCUGCAGCACAACACAGCAUAGGAAGGAACAAAACCUGAACUGAUUUGACAUAGCAAAGGGAAAUGGGAGCAGCACAUGCCACUUUCUCCUUUGGAACGAAGAAACACCAACCCAGCCAUGAUAACGAGGGCUGUGCCAUAGUACCUUUUAAGCUCAAAAGCCCUUGGCCUCGCUUUCUCUCUCCACGAUGAACAUGGCUUCACUCGACUGUACUGUACCUGCCAGCCCAAGUGGACACUUUUCUUAAUUUGCAGGCUCUGUUGAAGCAUGGCUUUGGCCCAAUGUGUAUAUGUAAUACUAAUGUCCUCUCUCACUGCUGUUGAGUGCUGUUUGUCUGUCUGUAUGGAUAUGAGGAAGAUGUGUAGGUGUGUGAUGUUUAACAGGGAGUGCGUGGUUGGGACUGAAUGGGACUGAUGUGAGCUGUAAUCGUUAUGACUAUUAACAGGACAAUACAGUACGUGAUGCUUGUAACCUGCUGUGUCUUUUGAUUGGGCCCCAUCUGUGAUACUGCUGUCAUAAAACUAUAAAACUACAGUCACUCAUAUGUCCUACUACUGUAGCGCAUACCCUGAAGCUAAACUCACAACAGAAAAAUAUGCUCAGUAUCGGCCUGCUCGGUGGUGUUCAUUUACCUGACUGUCAAUGGAAGGUAACCAAUAACAGUCUCUCACAGACACACAUUCAAAGUGAAGUCACCAUGUAUUGAAAUUUUUUAAUUUAAAAAAAAAAAAAAAAGAAGCAAUAACUGGAUGUCAGUGUCAUGACUCCUUGAACAGCAAAUACCAUGUAAAAUAUAGCAGCAAUAUAUGCCUUUUAAAAUAUGAAUGUUAUU